AUGACUGAGAUCGUUAGCGGAGUUUUGAAGCUGACAUUUGGAUUUUUAGUGAACAAGGCUCGCAGUAGAAUUGCAGAAGGUUUAAACGAUGGCGACGUCACGGACGAAGAAUGUCGACGCUUGAUCGUGAGAGAACUCGAUGAUAUUAAGAGGAAGUUGGAUGGAUUGGCGAGAGAGAAUUUACUGAGCAGUCUUCUUUUUCUUGAAGAAGGAAUCAAUGGUCUUUAUCAGUCGCUACAACAGUUUAAUGCAUCCGAGAAAGGAUCGGAAUCGACCGAACAAGCAACCUCAGCUGGAGCUACGUCUUCUGAAGAAACUGGUCUUGUUUCUCAAAUCAACGAAGUCACGUCUUUGAUAAAGGCCUUCAAUUCGUUGAAAAUACAUUCCAAGGAACGCUAUCUCUCUGCCAUAGAGUCGUUCAAACUCGCUCGUGAAAACGCCACAAAAGCAUUCAGCAACGAAGCUUUGUCCAUCGAGGACCGAAUUCAAGCGACGCAGGUUCGAAUGAUAUCCAGAAUUUUAGAAAAAUCAGAAGAUCCUGACGCGGGGGUAAGCGAUUGCCUGCAAUACCUGAAGCAGCUUCAUAAUAUCAAAGCUAUUCAAGAAAUAUUUUCUGUCGUGAUUGACGGCGGGAUUAAAUCUCGGUUUAAUAAAACGAAGCGACUCAACAAUGCUUCGUCUGUUCACCAAAUGAAUCUGCUUUUGUUUGAGUUUGCCAAAAGGUUUUCGAACUUGCAAACAGCGUUUUUUAAUUGGCCCAAGAUUUUGCUUGGAAAGAAAACUCAUCACCCUUUAGUCAGGAGUGAUCGCCUUAUUGAAAAAUACAAAGAGUCUGGUGUGGAAAUUACGUCGCCGUACCUGGGUUACACAUUUUCCGAAAGUAUUGAUCCAUCUCGUUGUGUUGUAAAUAGCAAAAAAGAAAUUGUUGCGAAAAUAGAGAGAGGUGAUUCUGUUCAAAUAUUGAAUCCCUCAGGAGAAUCCUGUACAAUAUUUGAUCCUUUCAAACAAGAGGAUUUGCCAAGUUGCAAGGUUGUUGCGAUGGAUAUCGAUGCCGAAGAUAACCUUUACGUCAUCGCGAGUUUUCGAGAAAGCGAUGAUCAACUAUCGGGUUACAAGUUGUUGAUAUUUGAUGAGCAUGGAGAGAAAAAACUUGAGUCUUUGUUGCCUUUUAAACACUACUAUUUAGGUUUUGUACCCAUAGCAGUAAACAAUGACAAAAGGAUCGCCGUUUUUGAUCGAAAGAAAAAAAUUCUACAUGUCGGAACUUCAUGUAAGACGAAUUCAUUUGAAGUCCAUAAUAGUUUUCAUCUCAAAGAAUUAUCUGACGAUGUGAAUAUGAUACGGUUUCUAGAUAAUAAUGGAACAAAAAUAAUUGCUGCAGGUUUAUGUGAAGAUUGUUUUUAUAUCUACACGGAGAACGGCGAGUUGGAACGCAAAGUUUUGAUACCUGAAAAAUAUGGAUAUAUUAAUUCUGUUGCAAUAAAUUACAUCACAAAACGGAUCCUGGUUUUAACUGACGAUGGACGUUAUCUUUGUAGUUUCUCAGAAACAGGAGAGCUGAAAGACGAUGUUAAUCUGGAGUCUUCGUCAUACGUUAAGAUUAUUUCUAAUCUCCAUGGUGCAGUUGCUUUGGUUUGGGAGCAGCGCGUAACAUUUCUUUAA